CGUCAAACUUCUCCCGGCCAUACCUGCUCUGCCACUCAGCUAUCUGAGCCCUUGGAAUCACGAGCCCAAAACAGCCCCGUCAUCUUCGAUCGCGAAAUCCAGUUUGAUCAGUAGUGACAUUGCGACGGCGAUGGACGCGCCGGCGAUGCUCACGAGCAAGCACGUCCCCGAGGACGUCGGCCUCCGGAACACCGUCGAGGACGAGGGAGCAACCGGGGGGCAAGGGCAGCUGCACCGUGACGAGAAGCAGCACAAGCCGAUGAUGAAGAAGGUGAAGGAGAAGGUGAAGCAGAUCAAGAAUACCCUCGCCGGUCAUGGCCACGGCGGUGAGCACGUCGACGACGGGCGCAGAGGCGUUGACGGUGGAAGCACUAGCGGCGAGGAGGACGUGCUGGAGAGGGAGGCAGCGAUGGAGAAGGGCGGGUACGUGGAGGACGCCGAGGACAAGCCCGUCGUCAUGGAAUCCGAGCCCGAGGUGCACGGCGCGCCCAUGUACGAGUCGGCGAAGGCACCGGCCGUGCAGGACCUCGUUGCAAGGCGCGAGCCGGCGAGGAUACCGGCCGUGCAGGAGGUGGAGGGCGACGACGCCCCCAGGGUGCAGCCCGGCGGCCCCGCCGUCGAGGACCCGGCCGCGCCGCGCUCCACGACGCCCGCGGCGCGAGAGGGGGAGGACAUAGGCACGACGCCCGUCGUGCGAGCUUUCGAGUCGAUGACCGUGUCCGACGACCCGCCGCACGUCGGCGCGGGGAAGAAGGACGUCCCACCGGAGGAGUGGAAAGACGCGGCCGCGGAACCGAUGGACAGCGCGUCCGGUGACGCGAGCUACACGAACAAGCUCAAGAACGCGGCCGCGGGCACCACGGAGUACGGCAAGAAGCUGGCCACCACGGUGUACGAGAAGGUCGCCGGCGUCGGUCCUGCCUUGAGCGCGGGGAAGCGCAACGAAGAACGAACAGAGGCAGUGCCAAUGUCGGACGCCGGCGGGGAGGAGUGGAAAGACGCCGUUGCCACGGACGCGACUGACAACACGUCUGGCGCGGGCUACACAGGCAGGAUCAAGUCCGCGGCCGCGGGCACCACGGAGUACGGCAAGCAUCUGGCGACCACCGUGUACGACAAGGUUGCCAGCGUCGGCACCGCCGUUGCGCCCAACCUCCGUCCACAGGUGGGUGUGGAGAAGCCGGAAGACGGACGCGAUGGGAUAAUGCCCGUGUCGGACGCCGGCGCAGACGAGUUGAAAGAAACCGCGGCCACGGACGCGUCCGGCGGGGGCUACACGGACAAAAUCAAGUCCGCAGCUGCCGGCACUACGGUAUACGGCAAACAGCUGGCGACCACCGUGUACGAGAAGGUCGCAGGUGUCGGCACCGCUGUGGUGGGUAAAGUCCAGCAGGCCACGCACUCGGCUGCCACCGCGACGCCUGGCGUCGGCACGCAGCAGGAGGACACGAGCGCGACGGUCACGCCCUUGAGUGGGCAGGCCACCCCCAUGACGGGGUACAUCGCCGAGAAGCUGCGGCCCGGGGACGAGGACCGCGCGCUCAGCGAGGCGAUCUCCGGCUCCGUGCACCGCCGCAAGGAUGCAGGGGGAAACGAAGCGAAGGAAGGCGUCGCGGUGGUUGCAGGGGAAGAGCCUGUCCGGGGGGAGGAGGUCGGCGACAGGAAGCUAAACACGAAUACCAUGUGACUGUGUGACUGUGUCAGUGUGCACACGUGUGAACGAUGUGGUUACUAGUGUGGAGGUUGUACUCGAAUAAGGCACUGGUCGUGUGCAGUGCAGUUUUAUUGGGGCUUCUUCUCAAGUGUGCUUUUGCGCUUUGGUUUAA